CGAACAUCGUUGGUGAUGCGUCGACUAGAUUUGCUGGGUAUAUCUACCAGUAUUCGAUCGGUAGCGCAUCAGUGUUACCUUCAACGCUUAGUCAGUGACAGGUCCUUAAGAAUUUGAACAAUCAUGCCGAAGUACGUGGUCCACUAUUUCAAUGGAAAGGGAUUGGGCGAGCCCAUCCGUCUACUGCUAGCCUAUGGAGACGAGGGUUUUGAAGACCACCGCGUAGCUGGCAAGGACUGGGCAGAAUAUAAGAAAACUACUCUUUUUGGACAGCUGCCAAUGAUUGAAUUUGACGGCAAGAGAUACGCUCAGGCAACUUCCAUCUGUCGUUAUCUUGGCAAGAAGUAUGGCCUAGCUGGCGAUACCCCUGAGGAAGCCCUAGAGAUUGACCAAUUCGUCGACCUCCUCAACGAUUUCCGUAUGAAAGCUGCAAACGUUGUUUAUGAGAAAGAUGAAAAAAUCAAAGAGUAAAAGUUUGAAGAAUACAGCAAAAACGUGUUCCCUGAAUACUUGGACUUAAAUUACGCUUUAAUAAUUUAUAUUGUGUGUAAAUGUGUUGAUAUUGUUGCACAUUAGUGUGUACGCAUUAGGCGCGGUGGCUGGACAGCCGGCUGGCCCACAACGUGUACCGGGUACACGUUGUGGGAUCCAAACAACUCUUUGUGUGAUCCACAACUUGUUGUUCUGGGUUUGGGUGUCAUGUAUAUGUGAAGUUUUAUUUGUUAACGCACGCACAACAUAG